AUUAUCUCUAUAGGUAGCUAUAUAAAUAGCGGAGGAUAUUAUUAUUAUAGCUACUCUAUUAUAAGGGGCUAUAAUAAGAUUAUACCCGUGGAUAUCUAUAUACUAAGUUAUCCCUUAAUAUCUAAGGCGUUAAUAUAUAGUAUUUUCUAG